CUUCUCUCUCUCCACCUGCUCCUCUGACCUACUCCACCCUCAACCCACCAGAACCAUGGGCUGCUCUGGCUGUUCCGGAGGCUGCGGCUCCAGCUGCUGCGUGCCCGUCUGCCGCUGUGUGCCAGCCUGCUCCUGCUCCAGCUGUGGCAAAGGGGGCUGUGGCUCGUGUGGGGGCUCCAAGGGGGGCUGUGGCUCAUGUGGGGGCUCCAAGGGGGGCUGUGGCUCCAGCUGCUGUGUGCCCGUCUGCUCCUGCUCCAGCUGCGGCAAAGGGGGCUGCGGCUCGUGUGGGGGCUCCAAGGGGGGCUGUGGCUCGUGUGGGGGCUGCGGCUCCAGCUGCUGUGUGCCCGUCUGCCGCUGUGUGCCAGCCUGCUCCUGCUCCAGCUGUGGCAAAGGGGGCUGUGGCUCGUGUGGGGGCUCCAAGGGGGGCUGUGGCUCAUGUGGGGGCUCCAAGGGGGGCUGUGGCUCCAGCUGCUGUGUGCCCGUCUGCUCCUGCUCCAGCUGCGGCAAAGGGGGCUGCGGCUCGUGUGGGGGCUCCAAGGGGGGCUGUGGCUCGUGUGGGGGCUGCGGCUCCAGCUGCUGUGUGCCCGUCUGCUGCUGUGUGCCAGCCUGCUCCUGCUCCGGCUGUGGCCAAGGGGGCUAUGGCUCGUGUGGCUGCUCCCAGUCCAGCUGCUGUGUCCCUGCUUGCUGCUCCCAGUCCAGCUGCUGCAAACCUUGUUGCUCCCAGUCCAGCUGCUGCAAACCUUGUUGCUCCCAGUCCAGCUGCUGCAGACCCUGCUGCUCCCAGUCCAGCUGCUGUGUCCCUGUUUGCUGUCAGUGCAAGAUCUGAAGCUGUAACCUUGAACCCCCGACAAGUGUCCCCAGUCUGAGCUCCCAUGGCCCGUGAGACAGUCGGUACCCUCAGAACGCAGAACCUCGUGCAUCUUCAUCAGGAAAGGCACCACCUGAGACUCUGGGUCCUGAUGGCGCUGCAGGGCCACCUCGUGCUCCCUCCCCAGCUUGUCGUCCUCACCUCUGCUCUCUUACCCGGGGCUGAGCCAGAAACACCCCCCACUUUCCUCACUGGCUCCAAGGACCAAUUAGUGCUGUUACUGCCAGAGACCAGCCCACCUCCCAUCACCUCUCUUCACCACCUGUAAUACCUGAGCUGUGUGGGUUCAAGACCCCCAGGAGGUCGCUAACGCUCCCCAGUCCUGGGAUUGCCCAGGACCCCCAGUCCAUCUCCCCUCCUCCCUGGACCUUGCUCUCCAGCACCUGCUCUCUCUGUCCUCUGUCCACCAAGGUCUGCUCCAGAACCCAAAGAACCCCUAAAUAAACACGUUCUCCAA